UCGUUUCCUUUCUGUUCCUGUUCAUCAUUAUCUUCUUUGGCCAGAAUUUCUUGGCGUGUUUUUAUUGUUGUUGUUAUUUUUAUCUUUAACUCGAGGGUAGUAUAAACUUAAGUAUUACAAAGAAGGGCAUGAAUUCAUUGAUGUUAUUAUACGUACGCGACUGCGGAGAGCGAUGAUAAAUAUGGACUAUAAUCUCGACGAGCUAGACGCUGCGCUUAGCGAAGCCCGGCACCAAUCCCUCGCCGUGGCCGGCCCCCCUCCGGACCGCAACUCCAGUCGUCGGACGGCCGCGAGUACCCGCCGCGGCAGCUUAGUUCCUGGCGCCGGCGCCUUCUCGUCCGUUACGCAGAAACCAGGGAAGAAGCAAUCGUAUAAGCUUGACGAGCUCAACCUCUUUAAUUUCGACCUCCGCGAUCUAGUCCGCGAGGCGUUAAUUAUAAAGGGCGGUGAGAGCCGGGUUUCGUACCACGAGUAUGCCGUCUUUGAUCCUACGGAGCCGGACGGCGAGCCUCGGUCACCGAGCAUUAUGUCAGAAGGCGAGGAGGGGUUACAGAUGUUUCGAGACGCGAUUAGAAAUGGCCACGGUCUGGAUGACGAGGGAAAUUUUACACCUAACCCAAGAGGGAAACAUCUGCUUCAGGGUAGGAUGAGACAAGUCAUUGCCCACCGACGCCCUCGCAAUAUCGAAUUGGAAGGUCCAGGCGCGAAGUCCCCUGAUGGCAUCCACCUUACGGUAGAAGACUACGAGUCUCUGGGCUUACAUUCGGGCACCCUACCCACUCUGCAGCGUGUAACUCUCGAGUCCUCGUUCUGGGACACGAGGAGGGAGACUUUCUACUUGAUUCUAAGUUUUUCUUCUAGUCCACAACCGCCGUACGAUUUCCUUUCCAUGGCAUACAAAUUGAAGACCCGCACAGCGACGGCCCUGGUAAGGCGGUCCUUCGACACGCGGUGGCAUGCCGAAGAUGCGCUGGAUGAGUACGAGCGCCGCCUCGACUCGUGCCGGGCACGCUGGUCCCACCCGCUCGUGCUCCCGGUUGUGCUGCUACAGGUGCAGCUGUUCCGCACCGAGGAGGCAGUGCAGGCCAACAAUGGCGAGGUGCUAGAGCUUGAAGCCCACGUUGACGCCGUCACGGGCACCACCGGACAGGCCAACGCCGAAGCCUGGCGACGGAACAACCUCCAGACGGCAGCAAAGCAUCGGCCUCUGCAGCCCCUGAAGCGUUUGUCUUCCGGCCUUAAGGACAUGGUCGAGAGCAAAGUCGGGAGCGGGCGGCAGCACAGCCACGACUUCGCGAACGCCCAGGCCCAGGCCCGGGCGGCCAGGACACCGAGUCCUGAGACUACUAGCAGCUUCUAUGACCCGGACUACGUUCCACCGCAGACGAUCCACCUGAUGAAAGAGGCGCACGACGUGCUUAAGGGGGCCAUCCGACUUCUUGAUACGCUACGGUGGAUGGAGCGCGCUUUAAAACUGAUCAUCCAAGCAGGCGAUGAGCUAGACGUUCGGAUGAAGGAGCUGCGGGCUAACGCGAUAGCAAAGGGGCAGCAGAUCCCGGAGCAAGAGGGUGAAGAAGGGGAGGACGAGCUGUCGGUGCACUGGCACGAAAUCCGGCAGUACCUGGACUGCACGUGGCGGCUGUGCACGUCGCUAGAGACGGACCGGCGCAUGUCGGAGCUGCGGUGCCGUGCGCAGAUCGACAUCAUCUACUCCAAGAUGGCGCAAGAGGACAACAACCUGAACGCGCGCAUGGCCGUUGCCUCUACGCGCGAUAGCUCCUCCAUGAAGGCCCUCGCCGUCAUCACCGCCAUCUUCCUGCCCGGUGAGUACAUCGGCACGCUAUUCGGCGUGUCCAUGUUCAACUGGGAGACGGGGACGGCGGGGGACCCAGCAGCAUCGCAGGACGCCGCGCGCGGGUGGCCGCACCCCGUCGUCAUGCCCUCUUUCUGGAUCUACUGGGCCUUCACCAUUCCCUUAACCCUCGUCAUCGUCGCGGGGUGGCGCGCCUGGUGGGUCAACCAGGACCGCUACUUCCGCCGCCACCUCAGCACCGACCUCAGCAACGAGCGCUACUGGACCACCGACGGCCGUCCCCGCGACCUCGAGACCACCUUCGCGCAGGACUUUUUCAGCGGGCUGAUCAGUGUUAGCGGUGCCGGGAGUUCGACGAAUAGUACGAUUCUGGGGAAGCAGCACAGCCAGAAUCACCGUUCGCAUUCGCAUUCGCAUUCUCCUUCUCCUGCCCCGGUUAGGCCUGGAGACGCGCACUUUGCGAAGGCCCGCAGCCGCACGCCUGUCACGGGCCCCGAGGGCGGUGUCCCGACGUUGUUGACGCCGAGGCCGACUUGGAGCCCGCAUACUACCUCGAACAGCGGUAGCGGCAUUUUGAGAGAAAGGGAGAGGGAAAGGGAAAGGGAAAGAGAGAAGCAUAUGACGGACUCGGAGCGUGAGGGCGAAGUGGAGGGAGAGGGCGAUGAUAGGGCGGUGCGGUUUAGACAUAUUUCGUUUGCGAGGGGGCCGAGGCCGAAGGAGGUGGAGUCUGUGGUUUGAAUGAAGGAAUGAAUGAAUGAUGAACUUUGAAUGAAUAAACUGAGAAUUAGGGCCAGCGGGGGUUGAAGAUUGAAGAGGAUGCGGUGUGAGGAAGUGAGCGUUUUGAUUUUGGCUUUGAACUUCGAUUUUUAGUACCUACCUACCUACCUACCUAUAUGAUAGGAGAGGAGGGAGGGUUACUUACUUGCUGUCUAUCUUGGACGGCAAGCUGAGGUUGAGGUUGGAUUUAGGGAUCUAUGUGUUAUGUGGCAUGUUUGUAUGUGUGUAUGUAUGUCUUUCGAGCUCGAGCGUGCUUUUGGGUGGGAUUGUUAUUACUUAGAAUUAUACAUGCAGUACAUACCUACCUAGGUACCCCUAUAUAUCUACUUUAGAUAGGUAGUAUUCAAGCAAGAGUAGACAAGUAGUCAUAGG